AUGUGCUGCGUGGUGAUCAGCACCGCCGGCAUGCAGGACGACGAUCAACACAACCUCCUCCAACACCACCACCACCACAAUAACAACCGCCGUCACCAACAACACCACCGCAGCAGUAGCACCAGCAGCAGCGGUAGUGGUAGUAUCGGUGGAGGCGCUGUACAGCUGGCCACUUCCUCCUCCUCGUCCGCCGCUGCUGCGGCAGCAGCGGCCGCUGUGUUCCUACCAGUCUACGAUUUCAGCCGCCGAUACCAGGCCGCCCUGGAUUCGGUGGCCAUGCAUCAAGUCGUAAGCCCGCUGGACUUGAGAGGUGUCGGCGGUGGUUCCGGCGCCGCAUCCGCGAUGGUACAGGCUGUCUCGACGGCUGCGUCCGUGUCGCCGCCGUGCAGCGUCGGAUCGGCUGAGACGACGGACGUGAACGUGGAUUCGGCCGACGACGACGACGACUACGACGCGGCAGCCGUAGCGGCUGGGUGCAACGACAACAACAACGGUGGUGGCCGCCGUAGCAAGACGACGUCGCCCGGCGCACAAGCGAACGGCGCGUGCAGCGAAGACGGCGAUAAGGCGUCGGGCACCGGAAACGGGUCGCCCGUCAAGCCGCCGUACAGUUACAUAGCGUUGAUCACCAUGGCCAUACUGCAAUCGCCUCACAAGAAGCUCACGCUCAGUGGCAUCUGCGAGUUCAUCAUGUCACGGUUCCCGUACUACCGCGACAAGUUCCCGGCCUGGCAGAACUCCAUCAGGCACAACCUGUCACUCAACGACUGCUUCAUCAAGAUUCCCCGGGAACCGGGCAACCCGGGGAAGGGUAAUUACUGGACCCUGGAUCCGAUGGCCGAGGACAUGUUCGACAACGGCAGCUUCCUUCGGCGGCGCAAGCGGUACAAGCGCAUGCAGGCCCCUUCAGACUUUUUCAUCCACCGUGGUGGUGGCGACCACCACCACCAUCCUCACCAUCAGCACCAUCCUCAUCACCAUCCACACCACAAUCACUUCGCCGCGGCCGCGGACCCAUACUCGGUGUUACACCACCACCAUCACUAUCCUUACCAUCACCUCGGGCCACCGCCGCCGCAUCUGCAGCCACCACACCCGUCACAGGCCCAGGCACAGCCUCUUCAGCAGCAGCAGCAAUUGCAGCAGGGCCCGCAGUCACAGCAACCCUCGCCGACGCAGCAGCCCACGGCCGCCAUGCAGCCGUUACAGCUGCCGGCCGCCGAGCUGGCGCGCAUAACGUUCGGUCUGAACCUGCUGCACAACGGACAAGUGGCCGCGGCGGCGGCUGCAGCAGCGGCCGCGUACAAGCCAUCGCAGCCACCCUCACUGGUAUUGCACCAACACGGAAAUCUCAUACAGCCGUCGUACGCGACCACUGUGGUAGCCGGCGGCGGUCGGUUGGCCGUGAAACAGCCGUCCACCGGGUUCAGCAUCGACUCCAUCAUGGGCAAGAGGCCGUCGCCCGCCGCGCCGCCGGCCAACGUGUCACCGGCCCGACCCGGUGGCCGCCACCCGCUGCAGCAGCGCGAACAGGACGACGACGACGACGAUGACGGCCACGACCACCGUGAUCACCGCGUCAGCCGUCACCACGAUGCCGCGGCCGUCUCGCCGCAGCCGUCGGCCAGGCAGAACUUCGAUUCGGCGUUCACGCCGCUCCAGCAGACCACGUGGGCCAGGUGA